UAUCAUCUCUGAAUUUGCAUCUACAAGGUGGACUGACAAGGAAUGGGUGGGACAUCACUGAGAAAUAUUAACCUUGCUAAAAGCAGAGCUUGCCCAGUCUUACUGGCUGACUUUGGCAAAAUGAAGUGGAGUCUAGUCGUACGAUGCCUUUCCUUCUUUUUCUGUGUUCAUACCUCAAUACAAAGAGAGGUGAUGUGUCCCGUGCCCACAAUCGAAAAUGCAAAGACACUGAAGAAACCAGGCACACAUAUUGAGUACGAGUGCCUACAUGGAUAUGAACCCGACAGGUUUACCAUCACCUGUAAUGAGCAGGGAGACUGGGACAACAUGCGCCACUGCACUGCAAAAACACUGUACUGUGGCCCACCCCCAUCAAUCGAACAUGCAGUACAGGAUUUUAAGGAACAAUAUAAGGAUGGAGAAACCGCUACUUAUGUCUGUCCUUCAAACUACAUUAAGGAUGGUGAUCCAUACAUGAUCUGCUCACGAGGCAGAUGGAUAGGAAAAGGGAAAUGCUUGCAAAUGAACUGUCUGCUUGGGCCGCCCACACCUGGAACAAGCACAAGCCCAACAGGGAAAAAUGUAUUCAGGGCUGGAGAGAGUGUAGAGAUCACCUGCUCAAAAACACACUGGUUGUUUGGAACAAAACAGACCAAACAGAGCAUUCUAUGCAAGGAAAGUGGUGAAUGGGAACGCUUGCCUGUGUGUGAGGAAAUUAUUUGUGAUAUUCCCUUUGGCCAGCAUGUGUCUUACCCUGAUUACUACUUUGGUGGGGACAGAAAAUUGGGGGUGAAAAAAUCAUUCCGGUGUGAAAGUGGGUAUCAUGCAGCAGCUGGAACUGCCACGUGUACAGAGAACGGCUGGAUUCCAAAUCCACUGUGUACUGAGAUUGCGUGUCCUGAGCCAAGAAUUGACCAUGCAAGACAGCUGGACAAUCCACUCCAAACAUAUAAACCAGGUGCACGUAUUCAGUACCAGUGUCUGCAUUUAUCUAGAACGUUUGAGAUCACCUGUGAUUGGCUGGGAAAAUGGAAGGAUAUGCAGUCCUGCCCUGGGUCACCAUGUCUAAAACCUGAAAGAAUACGCAGCGGCUCCUUGAAGGAUCCUCAGAAUGUUAAGGACUAUUACGCAGAAAAAGAUACUGUGGAAUAUGAGUGUUCUGAGGGAUACAUGUUUGAGGAGGAAAGCCAUGCCCGCUGUACUGCGCAAGGUUGGAUUUACCCACAAUGCAGACGAAAGGCUACUACAGCAAAGCCCUCUGGGGGAGACUGCGGCCAGCCCCCACAGAUUGAAGAUGCUGUACAGGAUUUUAAGGAUCGAUAUGAGGACGGUGAAAAAGCUGAUUAUGCCUGUCCUGCAUUCUACAUUAAGGAAGGUGAUCUGACCUGCACCCGAGGCAGAUGGACAGGAAGUGGGAAGUGCUGGAGACCCUGCACUGUGGAUCUUAAAGCUAUGGAUGACCGUAAAUUACAGCUGACGCAUAAAGACACAGAAAAAAUCUAUUUAACUCAUGAAGAUGUUAUUGAGUUUUCUUGUAAAAGAGGAUAUAGACGAGCGAAAGACAGUGUUCCUUUCCGUCAGCGCUGCACUAAUGGACACAUUGACUUGCCUGUUUGUGUAUAGUGGGUCACAGGUUCCCAUUAAAGUGCUGUGGGGAUUUAAUUGUGCUCUUCACUGCUUAAAGAAGAAUCAGUCGUUUUAAACUGCUGUGUUAAUAUUUAGAUGUUUGUGUAGUGAUAAAUAACUGAGGAGGCUGCCAUUCAGACUACAUUCAGAUAAACUUCCAUUCAGUUAACAGAAGAAUGGAUUGUGUGCAGUCAAACACAACAAAUGAUGAUGACCAGAGAGCUUCACUCACUUUCAUGAGCUAAAUAAACCAAUUAAAUGAAGACUGUAAAACACAGUGUUUGAUAUAAUUAAGAUAUCAACCAAAAUCCAUCUCCUGAGAAAUAUCAUUUACAAACUUAACAUCUUAAGUGGCAUUAAAGAAGAAGCUCUUUGAACUAUUCAUAAGCUUUGCUUGCUGUAUGUUGUUUAUUAUUGGUUUUCCAGCAAAAUUAAUAAAGCAUUUGACUUGUGA